UUAGAUCUCCUUCGUUAAAUUUAAGUUUCCUCUAUUUCUGCCAGCUUAUGGCAACCAGAGGAAGAGGCAGGGGUAGAGUCGGACGAGGGGGACGAGCAGGCCGAGGAGGUAGGGGCGGCGACCAGCAGCCAGACCCUCUUAAUCAGCAGCAGCCGCCGAUCUUUCAGCAGCCCCCACCUCAUCAGCAUCCCCCUGUCUUCCAGCAACCCCCUCCUAAUCAGGGGCAGAACCAUGUUCAGAUCAUGGGUCAGUUUCGUGUUCUGUCCCCGCCAACUUUCACCGGGGCAGACGGGCCACAAGCAGUUGAUGACUGGUUCAUGAACCUCGAGAGGAUCUUUGAGGUCCUUAACUACUCAGACCAGGAGAAGAUUGUCUGUUCCCGCUUCCAGAUGAUAGGGGAUGCGGGUAGAUGGUGGUCAGAUGUUUGGCGCCUUAAGACUACAGCCGAGAGAGAUGCUAUGACCUGGGAGCAGAUGAAGCUCCUUAUUUCGGAGAGGUACUACCCUUAUCAUUUUCGGGAGCAGAUGGAGAGGCAGUUCUAUGCCCUGCAGCAGGGAAACCUAUCCGUAGAGGAGUAUGAGCGUGAAUUUACCAGACUGAGCCACUUUGCCCCGCACAUGGUGGACACUGACUUUAAGAAGUCCCGUCGUUUCCUGAACGGGUUGCAGAAGGACCUUCGCUUCGUGCUGAGUAGCCAUGGGUAUCUGACCUAUGCAGAGACCAUUCUGAGAGCUCAGCAGAUAGCGGCUAGUCAGCGUCUGGAGUUAGACGCAGCUCAGCAGACAGUGGCUCAGCCCAGGAUGAUUCAGCCAGUUUCUGUGCAGCCACCAUCGUUUCAGCCAGUCCAGGUGCAGCCAGCCGUUUAUCAGCAGUCUUCUGCCCAGCCGUCUGGUAGUGGUGGUAAGAGAAACUUUGAAGGCAAGAAGAAGAAGAACCAGCAGAACAAGAAGGGAGGAAAUGGUGGACGAGGUGACCGUCAGCCAGCACAGCAGACUCCGAGAGCUCGGCCACCCU